UUAGGUCCUUCAAUAUUCAAUUUCCCGCAACAAAAAGUGAAGCCGUAAUUCAUAACUAGCAGCCUAGCAGGUCUUCCUGCUUCUUACAACGCAAAACCAGCCAAGUUGCACUCUGAAACUAACACGUGUCACUCAGAUUCGCAUAAACUCCCUAAAAUAAAAUCCGCCAAGAACUCCAAAUUACCAUCGCCACCCAUUUUAUUUGUUUUUUGUGUGUCGUUGCCUAAUAGCGAAAAAGGCAAAACGAGCUCUUAUUUAAUUACAUCCACCACCAGAUCUACUCUAUCUGAAACCAUCACGGCGCCGUUUUAUAGAGAGAAACAUUUGCCAAGAUUUAGAGAGAGAAAGGGGAGGAUUGGGAGGGGGCGAUGGAGGAGAGGCUAAUGGCUAGGCUAGAAUCGGCGGUGGCACGAUUAGAAGCACUUUCGUUGAGAGGGGGAAGUGUGGCGGGGAGUGGCGGGGAUGAUGCUUCAGCGACGGAUCCGUCGAUUGUAGCGUUCGAAGAUUUCAUGGGGGCAUACUUCGGUAGGGUUUCGAGCGCUGGAGAGAAGAUUGGAGGACAAGUUUUAGAAGUCACGAAGAUUCUAGAACAAGCUCUUAACAUGCAAAAGGAACUUCUCAUUAAGAUCAAGCAAGCACAGAAGCCUGAUCUUGCAGGAUUGGCUGAAUUUCUCAAGCCAUUAAAUGAAGUGAUCAUGAAAGCAAAUUCAAUGACAGAGGGAAGGAGAUCUGAUUUCUUUAACCACCUGAAGGCAGCUGCUGACAGUUCCACAGCUUUAGCCUGGAUUGCCUACACUGGAAAAGAUUGUGGUAUGAGCAUGCCUAUUGCGCACGUGGAAGAAAGUUGGCAAAUGGCUGAAUUUUACAAUAAUAAGAUUCUUGUAGAGUACAAAAGCAAAGACCCAAAUCAUGUUGAAUGGGCCAAGGCUUUGAAGGAGUUAUAUUUACCAGGUUUGAGGGAUUAUGUAAAGAGUCAUUAUCCCUUGGGUCCAGUGUGGAGUGCAACUGCCAAAGCAAAAGCUGCUGCACCAAGCGCUCCUGCUCCUCCACCUCCUCCACCAGCUUCUCUCUUCACUUCUGAAUCUUCUUCUCCUUCAUCAUCAAAGCCAAAAGUAGGGAUGGCUGCUGUUUUCCAAGAAAUUAGUUCUGGGAAGCCUGUGACUUCAGGUCUUAGAAAGGUCACAGACAAUAUGAAGACAAAGAACCGUGCUGAUAGAACUGGUGUUGUUGGUGCUAGUGAAAAAGAAAGCCGUACUAGUUCACCCUCUUUCUCCAAGGCAGGGCCUCCAAAACUGGAGCUUCAAAUGGGUCGUAAGUGGGUUGUUGAGAAUCAAAUUGGAAGAAAGAAUUUAGUAAUUGAUGACUGUGAUGCAAAACAGUCUGUGUAUAUUUUUGGAUGCAAAGAUUCAGUUUUGCAGGUUCAAGGGAAAGUUAACAAUAUAACAAUCGACAAAUGCACUAAGAUGGGGGUUGUAUUCACGGAUGUGGUGGCUGCUUGUGAGAUUGUGAAUUGCAGUGGUGUUGAGGUGCAAUGCCAGGGUUCUGCUCCAACAAUUUCAGUGGACAACACGGGAGGCUGUCAAUUAUAUUUAAGCAAAGGUUCUUUGGGGGCAUCGAUUACUACUGCUAAAUCUAGCGAGAUCAAUGUAUUGGUACCUGGUGCAGAACCUGAUGGAGAUUUGGUGGAGCAUGCCUUGCCACAACAGUUCAUUCAUAUGUUCAAGGAUGGCCAGUUUGAAACUACUCCUGUCUCCCACUCUGGAGGGUAACUGAAUCAAGUUUCUAUCACCUGAUGCUGAUUUCUACUUUCCUAUUUUUUUUAUUUAUUUUCUUGAUGGCUGAGGGGUGGCUUUAAUACAUGUUUUUUUUUCCUUGAUUCAAUUUGCCAUCGAUACAUGAUUGUGAUGCAUGAUACAUUGUCUGUUCAUGCCCUUCUUUAUUGCUUGGGUAUAUUCAGACUUUUUGGAAUUUUCUGCAUGAUUUUUAUUUGCAGGGUUUGUCUCCCCA